UUUGUUGCUGUUGGCGUUUGAUUAAGAUUUUGCACAUCCAAAUUAUAAGUUUUAUAGUUAAGUCGUUUAAAGAAACGAAUUUAUCUUAUCAACGUAAUUGUCUAACUUACAAGCAACAUGUCAAUGCUGGCCAAGAGACUCGGACGCACGUUUUUGCAGGCAGCCGGUGUCCGCAGUCUACACUGCACUACUGCAGUGUGCAAUAAGGAUGGUAGCCAGACCGCCAAUAGAACUACUUGCACGCUAAUACCCGGCGAUGGUGUGGGUCCUGAGCUGGUCUACUCCUUGCAGGAGGUGUUCAAGGCAGCCAAUGUGCCAGUGGAUUUUGAGCCUUACUUCUUGUCGGAAAUCAAUCCUGUGUUGAGCGCCAAGCUUGAGGACGUUGUGGCUUCCAUACAGAAGAACAAAGUCUGCAUUAAAGGCAUUUUAGCAACACCCGAUUACAGCAAUGUGGGUGAUUUGCAAACUCUCAACAUGAAGCUGCGUACGGAUCUGGAUUUGUACGCCAAUGUGGUGCACGUUCGCAGCUUGCCUGGUGUAGUCACACGUCACUCGAAUAUCGAUUGUGUGGUUAUUCGUGAACAAACCGAGGGCGAGUACUCUGCUCUGGAGCACGAAUCGGUGCCCGGCAUUGUGGAGUGCCUGAAGAUUAUCACUGCCAAAAAGUCUAUGCGCAUUGCCAAGUUUGCGUUCGACUAUGCCACCAAGAAUCAACGCAAGAAGGUCACCGCUGUGCACAAGGCCAACAUUAUGAAGCUGGGCGAUGGUCUGUUUCUGAAGUGUUGUGAAGAAGUCUCAAAGCUAUAUCCACGCAUACAAUUCGAGAAGAUGAUUGUGGACAACACUACCAUGCAAAUGGUAUCGAAUCCCAAUCAGUUCGAUGUCAUGGUCACACCAAAUCUCUAUGGUGCCAUUGUUGAUAACUUGGCCUCUGGCUUGGUUGGCGGCGCUGGCGUCGUUGCUGGUGCUUCAUACUCUGCCGAAACGGUUGUGUUUGAGCCGGGCGCACGUCACACCUUUGCUGAGGGUGUGGGCAAGAACAUUGCCAAUCCCACGGCUAUGUUGCUGUGCGGCACCAAAUUGCUGCGUCACAUUAACUUGCCCACCUACAGCGAGACAAUUCAUAAUGCAAUUAACAAGGUGCUAAAUGACGGCAGAGUGCGCACCAAGGAUUUGGGUGGCCAAUCUACAACGCAGGACUUUACACGCGCUGUCAUUACCAAUUUGCACUAGAUUACGCAGAGCAAACGACAAGCAAGGAACGGCACAACAAUUGUUGGCCCCGAAGGCUCAAUCCAAAAAGAAAAGAACUAUAGACAAUAGACAGUUGUGUUGUUAAAAAAGAAAAAUUGAAUCGUAAAAAAGUUUCGAUAUUUUUAGUUGCCCGUCUUUCAUUCAUUAAGUUUGUCCCCCACCAUCCCCGCAUUCUUCGAGUAUUAUUUUUGGCGAAUAUUUAAGUUUAGAUCAAUUGCCUCGCCCUGUAACUGUAACAAAACAAGCCAAGAUUAGCUUAACAAAUUGGUCAUAACAUUUAUUAUUUGUAUUUUUAAUGCGUAUUAUUAUUUUGUGCCACACAAAGAAAAAAAAAAGAAACUUACAAUGCGAUCAUACUUUGCAAUCAACAACUCAUAGUUUAUGUUAAUUUGAUAACGAAUUCAAUGGUAUCACAAGUGUUCACUGUAAUGGCGACAAAUAAACAAAAUUCAAAUAAA